UACGGAAUCAGUUUUAACUCUUGGAGAAAUACCAACAUCAUCGAGAUCAUGAAAAUGCUAGCUCACUUAGCAGAAGAAAGUGAUACUGUUUGUGAGAGUAGAUCUUUGCAAUGAGACCCAGCCUUUUAGUCAAAUAGUUGAUGCUUUGGUAAUAAUGGUGAUAAUACAAAAUGUAUGGUGGAUCAAUGGAAUGCGGGGCAUACCGGACGAAAACCCUUCUGAUGAUUGGUAUAGCAAGAAGUGUUCUUCAAUCCCAAUAUUUCCAAUACCAUUACUCCCCGGAACUCGCCAAGUAUUGCGACUUCCAAUGAGCAGACCUGUAGCCCGGAGGCUUCCAAUAACAACAUUCCGCCGCCACGCCCUCAAGGCCAAUGGCAGCCCUUCCGCCUCCGCCGCCACCGCGUCUGCCGCCACCGAGCAACCUGCAAGCCGCCGG